CCGCCGCGCCGCUUCCAUGGCGAUCUCGAGGGCACGGGGCCGGGCGGUGCCCCUCCUCCCGCUCCUCCUCCUCGCCCUCCUCGCCCCGCUCAUCUACUCCGUUUCCAGGACGCGGUUGAGCUGGGCGCCGGAGCAGCUGCCCCAUCCUGCGGCGCCGAAGCGUCCCGAUGUCCUCGUGCUCGGCCCGGCCGCCGGCCAGGGCCGCCCCGAUCGCCUCCAGUGCAAAGGACUUAAAGCUGUGAAUAAGAUCAGCUUAGCAAGUGAAAGAAAAGAUUCUGGAGAACCUGUUUCAUUUGUUACAGUAUUCACAACCUACAAUUCUCACCCAGCUGGAGCUGGAAAAGUGCCAUCUGAUGCUGUAACUGUUGGGAAGCAUUCUUAUAGCAAGGAGGAAAGGUCCAUGGCCAUUCUGAACACCUUCGUCAGUUUCAUACAGGUGUCAAUGCCAGCAAGCAAAGUCAUAAUAUUGACUGAUCCUAAAUCCAAAUUGUCAAUAAAUCAAGGGAGGGCCGCAAUACUUCCUAUUGAAGGAAAUUAUUCUCGAGGAAAUUUGAUGCUUCAGAGAAUCAAGUCUUACAUUGCCUUUCUAGAGCUAAAACUUGAGGAGGUUGACCAAGUGAACAGUUUUCGUAAUUAUAUUUUCACUGAUUCUGAUAUGGCAGUGGUUGAGGAUCUUGGGCAUAUCUUCAAGAGAUAUCCUCACUGUCACCUUGCUCUUACUUUUCGUAAUAACAAAGGCCAACCUCUGAACUCUGGAUUUGUAGCGGUGAGAGGGACCAGUGAUAGUAUCUCUAAGGCUAUCACAUUCUUCAAAAAAGUCCUUGAAGCAUACAACCUAAAAUAUAUGAAGGCUUCACGCAUGCUUGGUGAUCAACUAGCACUGGCAUGGGUUGUGAAGUCUUAUCUGCCAUCGGCUUUUCGGAAAUUUUCUAGGCCUGAAAUAUUUACAGAAGAAGUCAAUGGAGCAUCUGUUCUGUUUUUGCCUUGUGCGGUUUAUAAUUGGACUCCACCUGAGGGUGCUGGACAGUUCCAUGGUAUGCCCUUGGAUGUUAAGGUUGUCCAUUUCAAAGGAUCAAGAAAGCGUUUGAUGCUUGAGGCAUGGGAUUUCUACAAUUCAACCUCUCAAUUAUCUGACAUGUUGUGCCUAAUCUUGAAGAGUGGCAGAACAAAAUACGACUUCUGAACCUUUGGUCCACAAUGAAGUUACACCUGUUCAUCCUCAAUGAACACCGCAUGGUUCCAUUUGGCAUAGGCUCAACUCUGCAGUUCUGAGUCAUUUCCAGAAUCCGGGGGGGGGGCAUGAUGCAAGUAGAGCCAUCCAAGAAAUACAGAUACUGCACAACGAAAACAGGGUGAUCCAGAAUGCAAAGAGAGCACACAGGUGUGAUGAGAAUGACGCGAAGGGUGGAAGCAGGGCCAUACACGAUACUAGCUAUCAGGGUGAUCAUGUAGAAAAGUACCAGUUGUUUUGGUGAUCAUUUUGGUAGCUUUCUCAGUUGUCACACUUUACUAGCUCGUGAUAACAGUUUUUUGGUUGAGGGCUUGAUGCGGAUGAGGUUAUUGUAAUUUUUUUUAUUUCAAUACAUGCUAUUAUUAGCAAAUGAUGUUGCUUUGUUAAAUGAGAAAUAUAGCAGGAAAUAUGACACUUGUA